AUGUCCGUCAUCGCUCAUGGACUUAUACUAACACAGACGUUCGUCGCCAAGGGCGUCCAGGAGCUCAUCCUCGUCAACCGCCCGUGGCCGCUCGAUGUGCCUCUCCCGGCCGCGCUCCUCGGCGUCGCCACCCUCACUCGCCUCUACCUUGGUCUCUGGAAAUUCCCGGACACCUCCGCUCUUCGACAGAGUAAGAGUGGUGCGGACGCGGUGUUCCCGCACCUCCGCGAGCUCGUCCUCUGCUCGGUGGUGGUGGAGAGCAGUGACAUGAACUUCCUCCUCGCCGGGAGCCCCGUCCUGGAGAACUUUGGCAUAGUGGGAAUCAGGGAGAAGGCGAUGAUGCGCCUCCGCCUCGUCGGCCAGCAUCUCAAGUGUGCGCAGAUCCUCAUGUCCGCUAUGAGCAGCGUCGCCGUGGUGGACACCCCGAGCCUCGAGCGGCUCAUCCUGUGGGAAUCCAAGGCGUGCGACAACUCUUGCAUUAGGCUAAAGAUUGGCAAAGCCACCAAGCUGCGCAUACUUGGAUACUUGAGUCCUGGAAUUCACACGCUGGAGAUCCGGAACACCGUCAUCAAUGCUGGGAUAAAGGCGACACCAAGCACCAUAGUUCCAGGCAUCAAGAUCUUGGGUUUAAACUUGCGCUUCGGAGUCUGCAAUGAUUCCAAGAUGUUACCGACUUUCCUCAGAUGCUUUCCCAACGUUGAGAUACUGCAUAUUGUGUCGAAAAAAACCGAUAAAGUCGCUGGCAAGAUCAACCUCAAGUUCUGGCAGGAGGCCGGUCCCAUUUAAAGCAUCCGUUCCUCCAUCAAGAUGAUGACUUUCCGUGAAUUCUGAAUGGAGCGAAGUGAGGUUGCCUUCCUCAAGUUCUUCUUCCAAAGUGCCCACGUGCUGAAGAAUGCUGUAAUUGUGGUGUCCAAUGGUAGUUCCACAUCCAUUCCUGAGGUGAUUAACAAAGUGAAGACUCUGAUCCCUGAAAAUGGGCCUAGUAAUUCCUGCCAUGUGCUGGUCUAUGAAAGUUCAAAUCCAGGGGGUGCAGUCUUGAGUUUGCAAAAAGGAUUUUAUUUUUCUGUUUACGAUCCUCUCAAGUACCAAUGAAGUCAAUGGUAUCUACAUAGAAGGCAAUGUUCUAGAUUAUUAGCUUGCUUUUUAUGAAGCUUAUGUUGGUCCUA